GAGGGCGUGAGUUCGCGGCUGCUGCUCGGCCGCUUUUCUACCUUUCUUUCCUCUUCCCCCCCUUCUCCCCACCCAGCACCCCUUAAAUAAUUUCUAUUUAUUUACUCGGGGGGGGGGGACGCACGGGCCGGACCCGGCGUCCUGCCUCCUGCCCUGAUUUUUAAACAUUUCUAUCGAUUUCCCCCCUCUUCCCUCCCCCCCCAUGUGACACAUAAAUACCCCGCGGGGGCCUGGGCGGCGGAGCACGCGGCCGGCGGUCUCUGAGCGCUUCUCUCCUCUCCCGGUUUCAGAUCCGCAUUUGCAACAAGCAGCGGCGGCGGCGGCGGCGGCGGGAGGAGCCCGAGCAGGGAAGCUCAGCGAGGUCAUUCGCUCGCAGUCCGCGGUGCUCCCCCGCAACCCGGAGCUACGCACCCAAGCCGGCCCGCUGCCGAACCCCAUCCCCCUACCCUUUACCACCUCUCGUUAGAGAAAGGGGAGGAUGAGUGAAUCUAGUUCAAAGUCCAGCCAGCCUCUGGCCUCCAAGCAGGAGAAAGACGGGUCUGAGAAGAGAGGGCGGGGCCGACCCCGGAAACAACCCCCGAAGGAGCCCAGUGAGGCACCAACUCCCAAGAGACCUCGGGGCAGACCAAAGGGGAGUAAGAACAAGGGGGCUGCGAAAGGCCGGAAAACCACCACUGCACCAGGGAGGAAACCAAGAGGGAGACCCAAAAAGCUGGAGAAGGAAGAGGAAGAAGGCAUAUCCCAGGAGUCUUCGGAGGAGGAGCAGUAACCAAGCCUGCUCACAUCUCGCUACCUCAUUCCCCUCAAUGACGAUGACUACGGCGGCGGCCCUCUCGUUCUGGGACUAGACAGAAAGACGUUGAUCUUUAAAUCCCCGUGUUUCUUCCCCCACCUUUCCUUUCCUUCAAUCUGUCCUUCCUGGUUUUACUGGUCAGAGAAAUGAUAGCUGUACCUGGGAAAAGUGUCUCCCCAUUCACAUGUUGGACGUGCUCACACUAACCCUGGCCACCCUACGUGGGAUCGUGCUGGGCGGGGUGGGGCAGGCAGCGGGUGGUUGAGCCUCUGGGCUCUGGGUACACUCCUGCCUCCCUCCCCCCACCUCCCACAUCCAUCCAUCCUUAGACCCACCUGCCCUUUCCCAGGAUUGGGAUUUCUUUUGUACUCCUCCUUCCCUGGACAGAGCUAACCUUUUGACUUAGCUGCCAACACCUGUUUCUUUGUCUCUGCCCCCCUGGAAUGGGACCUGGGCUCCUGUUUUCUCAUCUCCCCCCUCCGUACCCCAACUAAAGGAUUGGAGAGGGAAGGACCCAUUGUGAGUAUCUUGAUCCUAAGAGCUCAGCUUCAAUAGACUUGUCUGGGGGUAUUCUGUACCUCCACCACAGUCUCUCUCUACCUUCUACCCACUCAAAAUUGGUCCCAAGGGGGAAGGGGGGAGCAGACCUUUCACUGGGAGCAGAAGGGGGGCCCAGUACCCACCCUUUCCCCCUCCUGCCCUCUCUACACACUGGCAUUUCCUGAGCAUCAAACUGGAAUGGAGCUGGGCUGGAGCCUAGGGUGUCAGGCCCUAAUUGAGAAGUUGUUAAGGGGAAGGGAGAGGGCCUGAAUCAUCCUUUUCCUUGCUGCUCAGGAGAUGUAGGGAGAACGGGAACUUGACAAUCCUAUUAAUUUCCCCCAAUCCUGGGCUGGCCUUCCUUGGCCUGUGAUUUUUGCCUUUGGAAUGCAUGUUUUGCAAGGCUUUUUCCUCCCCAGCUGCCCCUCCUCUCCUUUCAGAAUGCCAUCCCCCCCUCCCCCUAGGAGCUGGUUACAUCUUCCCUCCGCUCACAAUCUACCUCUGAACUCAUUUUGUUGGUUGUCUCAUUUAAAACGGUUUUGUUCUUACAUUCUGUGGCUUCCAGACUCAGCCAUACAGUUGUUGGUUCUCAUGAUCACCUGCCCUACCCCUCCUCCAUCCGCUCCAUCUUGCUCUCCUCCCCAAAUCAUCACAAAGGAGGGCUUGGGGAGGUAGUGGACACCAGGUCUAGUUUACUACACAGUGACAUUGGGGAGGUGGGCCCCAAGGGAGCUGCCCAUCCCCACUUCUAUCAGUCCCUCCUUUGGUAAUCUUCAAGUUGGGAGGGUUAAGGGAAGGAGGUCCAGCUGAAGUGGGGUGAGGGGUGGUCUCAGACUGUUGUGAGACACCCCCACCCCCAAGGUUUCCUAUUUGCAGUUACUUGAAUAAAAAUGAAUUCCUUUUUUUCU